CUCCUUCGCCUAGGGGGUGCAUGCGCUCAUUACAGAGCUCCUGACACGCCCUCCUGUCCCCCGUAAUGGCGUCCUCUGCGUCAUCUCUCUUUGUACAGCCGCUUGUAUGGGGAGGUUUCUCUACAAGAAAAGUAGGGGCGCCGAGCAGGAGAAUGUGUCCCUCCUUUUACGCAUGCCCGUCGAUAGCUGUAGCUGCAGCAGGGCGGAAUCAGAAGAAAGGGGGGUGGGUUUAUGAUAAGCGGAGCUUUCAGCACUAUGCGGGUGCUCAAGCUGGACGGUUCCCUCAUGGUAUGAAGACAAGGGACAAUCUGAAUUGCAGAAGACAUGUGAGGGGACGAAAGGGGACAACAACAGCAGCAUUCGACGGCUACGACCAAGGGACUGAGAUAGACAUUUUGGGGGAGACAAUUGCCGAGGAUUUUUACUCUGUACUUGGAUUGUCUCCGGAGGCAAGCGGCAGCCAGAUCCGGAAGGCAUACUACGGCAUGAUGAAAGAGUGCCACCCCGACCUAACGGGCGAGCAUCCUGACAGCACCGCCUUCUGCAAAUUUAUCAACGAGGUGUACGAGGUGUUGAGCGACCCGGACCAGCGCGCCAUCUAUGACGAGAUCAAUGGCUUCACGCUGACGUCCCAGAACCCCUUCUUUAAUACCACACUGGAGCGCGACCAGGCCUUCGUCGACGAAUUCUCUUGCAUUGGGUGCAAGAACUGCGCAAAUUGCGCACCUCAGACAUUCGACAUCGAACCGGAACAUGGGCGAGCGCGAGUAAUGGAUCAGGCAGGAGAGGCGCCUGAACUGGUACAGGAGGCCAUCGACACGUGUCCUGUGUCGUGCAUCCACUGGGUAACUCUCCCCCAGCUGACCCUGCUCGAGGACGAGAUGCGACGCCUCGAGCGCGUGAACGUGGGCCUCAUGCUGGCGGGCCAGGGUCACGGCGGGCAGGACGUAUUCUCACAGGCCGCCUGGCGCUGGGAUAAACGACAGGCGCGUGCAGUGGAAACGGCCCGGGCGAAGGCCUACAAAGAGAAGCAGGCUCCCCCGGGCAAGAAGGUCACUCCGUUCUGGGCGAAGGCUCCCUGGGAAAUGGCGGAAGAUCUGGUUGGGGGAACCAGCUACGAGUCGGACGACGAGAAGGAAAAGCGCGAGAAGACAGCGACCGGCAUGAGCCGCGCCAAGGCUAUGGCUGCGGCCGCCCGGCGAUGGAGGGAUGCGUCGCGCGCCGGGAGAGAUCGGAAGCCGAAGUUCUCGCUGCCGGCCCCUAAGGAGGAAGAGCUGGUACGCCGUUGAGGGGAAACCGUACUGGGAAAGAUCGGAAGGCGAAAUUGGCGCUUCAGAAGAAAAGUUGGUACGGCGUUUGGGGAAGGGGAUCGGUUGGGGCGAUAAGAUGACUCGAAAACCCCGCUCACUUGUGGGAUAUUCCAAAAGCCGGAGCUUCUGCUUCCUGCCUACAGGGAAGAAGAGUAGUACGGUGUUGAGGGGAAGGGAUGAAUGGGGUAAAGAUGCGAACCGGACAACCCGCUCGCUCAUUCUUUGCGAAUUGUUGAUGCGCGGCGUUGGAUUGGCGCCGCGCCGUUCAUAGUGUUGAUAUUGUGCAGGGCAACAGCUUAGAAUCGUCUAGGCGUCAAUUACUUUGGAAGUCGAUUUAGUGUAGUACCAGUGUUGGCAGGCCUUGUACAGCUCGUUGGAUAGCAUAAUUAUCAGGAAUAAGUCGAUUGAGGCAGCCCGUUGGCUAGUCGGUCACCCAGGCAGUCUGAUCAGGAGCAAGCGUUUUCUCAUUAGCAGGUUCGGGAGCCAAGUAGACGUUUCGAAAUUCGGGAAGCGAUCGGAUGGAAUACUGCUUUCAGAUGCUG